AUGUCUGUUGUUGAGAAGACCGCCACUGUAGAGGAAAAGACCAAAGAAGAGAAGGAUGAGAAGUCGAUGAGUUUGGGGGAUCUGUUGGAUGAGGUACUCGGUAUCAACGGUGCGGAAGACCUUCUCAAAUUUAUACGGCGAAUCGUCGGAGCUCUCGUCGUCCUCUGCCUCAUAUACCUGUGGUACCUUCCCACGUUCGAGUUAGCCUUCAAUCUCGUGCUUGGCUUUAUUGUGCUGCUAAUCGGCUUAGUGGCGGUGGCCUCUUGGACGGUAAGUGAGGCUCAACGAAUCGAAGCGGAGCAGAAGAAGGCUAAGGAGUUGGCUGAGCAGAAGGACGAGGCCGAGACUUCCAAAGAUACUCGCUCGAACACUGAUGAAACUAAAAAGGAGCGAUAG